AUGACGACCCGUCGCCUCUCGGGUGCCUCGUCAGCGGGAAACAAUGGCAUGGGUCCCAUGAUUGAAGCCUACGAUGCCUGUCAGUACCGGUACUGUCGCCCGCAACUCAUGUGAUCAGCGCCCUGUCGGGGCUGUCCGGUUGAACGAUCGUCGAAACUGACGCGCCGCCCACCGCCCACCUGCAUACGUCUUGGCGUCGUCGCGCACAGUCAAGAAGAAACAUAUGCAGCAGAACAAGGAAAUCAUACACAAGAACUCGAUACUAUCAAAGUCAGUACUCUGCCGCCCUUCUUUGCGUAGCAGCAGCGCGCGCGCCGACGCGUGUCUGGCAUGUUGACCCAACUCGUCGGACCACCGCGUUGACCUCGGACGAUGUGCUACCACAGAUCCAACUCGGAACUCGAACGUACCGUCACCAGUCUCCGUGCUGAACGACUCGCACUGAAAGGAAGCCUCUUUCACUUGGAGUGCGAGAACUCGAACCUCCGCAUGAGUUUGCAACAGACCGAGAGCCAGCUCAACGAAGCGAGGGAAGCCGUCAGCGCAGGCAUAUCCCCCUGGGAUCACGAACAGCUCCAGGUCGGUCUGCCUCAUCAGCGAUGCGCGUUAUCGAGUCCGAGGACACUACCGCUGAUCAUCAUCAGAUGAUGCCGACAGAUGACACAACGGCUCUACGUCAACGCCUUGACCGCCCUUCAAGCUCUCGGCGCCGGACUUCCAUCCUGCUCCGGCCCCAUGUCGGACGAGGCCACCUCGGAUGUUCCCUGUUCACCACCACCCAUCCCAUCCUCGACAAUCCUUCACCCUCGACUUUCCACCGUCACAGGUAGGUCGAUGCAGUCAACGACGUCUUUCCCGCAGCAGCCUGACAGGCCCAUCCUCUGUAACUCUGCAAAUAGAAUCCCCUCCGACCCCUUCCGCUUCCUCAUCGUCCUCCUCUUCGGGCGACGCCAACCGCAACGUCACCGUCUCGAGAAGAGGCUCCACCGCCGGAAGAGCACCACGACCCUCCUCGAUCAUUCUCCAACGCAACCCUGACCUCUCGCACAUCAGCGAAGGAGGCGAACAGAGCCAUUUCAACGAUGACGAAGAGGAUGAUUCAGGCGAUGAAGAACCGAUGAAAUCGGCUUGGAAAGGGACCCUCCUCGAUGGGUAAGUCGAGGGGCAUGUAGCAAAUGUACUGUCGGCUGGAUUUGUUCACCCGUUGAAUCCUCUCCACAGACUACGAGAAGAACCUCGAACUCUGGCAUCGCCUUCUCGACCACCCACACCCAUCUUCGUCCCCCCACCUACAUCCUCACCUCUUUCCGCACCUCUGUCCCUUCAUUCCGAGACGUCAACUACAACAUCCUCGUCUCAACUAUCUGCCUCUACUUCCGCCUCUACUGCUCGACCACUCCCCAGCAAAGCCCGAGCAACGCAUUCGGCUCCUCCCGCCGCUCGCUCAGCCCACGCCAACACCUCUUCCUUCUCGCAACAGAAACCAGCUCGAAGAGUCUCGGGGAUCGUCAAAGCUCCGACGCCGGAACCUCAACCUGGGCAACUUGGGGCCGUACAAAGUGAUGUGCCAGUUGCAACCACUGCUACUGUAGCCACGGGGAAGAGGACAAGCAUUGUUGGACAGUUGGGGAGAAAAUCGGUCUCGAAUUCGUCUUUGGCUGCUACGACCUCUUCGACUUCGUCGAGCGGUGGUAAGAAGGCUACGGAGGAGGAGGAUUAUUGGAACGAACGCAAGACGUUGCUCAAGCUUGAGUCGCUUGGUCCGAAGGAGAUGCUGGCUAUUGUUGGGUCGAGGAGGAGAACAUCGACACUCGCUGCUGUGGAAGCGAGGACCUCUUCAUCGAAUAAGGACACCUCAACGACGUCGAGUACGUCGGAAGACGAUGAACGGGUCGGCGAAUCCAUCUCGACACAAUUAGUGACGCAGCAGAAACAAUACGAGGACGAGGAGAACUCGUACGAGGUUGACGAGCAAAGUAGUGAUGAGGAGUUUGUGCCGUCCAAGAAAUUGGUGGAGGCGGCGUUGGGCAAGGCGAGAGGAAAACGGAGGGCGACGAGAGCGGGGUCGCAGGAGGUAGUGCAGGAAGUGGAGCAGGAACAAGAGUAUGACUACGAACAGGACAGCAACUGUGAGUUGUCUUGUGGCCUCAGUCUUUAUCCGAUCAGCGCUCACCUCUUCGUUCUCCGUUUUGCGGUACCAGUUGGUUCGGCACCCGUCUCGCAUGCAUCUCAACCUCGUGGUAUGCCCUCUUCUUCGGCCCCUCCGGUCCUUCAAUCCAACCCUAUACUCGCCAACGGAGGAAACGAAGAGGGUGAAGCGGGUGGUCGUCGCGCUCGCAAGUCCGUCAACUACGCCCUUCCCAAACUCAACACGUAAGUCACUUCCCCAUCUCCCGCCACGAGCUUCGAGUUGAUCCCUCUCGAUGCCCACUCAACCAUAGUAAGAUGCGUCGACCGGAAGACUACGUUCCCGUGACCAAUACCCAUCCUCGAAAGUCCUCUCGCCCCUCCGUCGCCACAGUAUCAGGAGCGACGUCCCAUAUCCUUCGGACGAAAUCGUCCUUGACGAGCUUGAGAGGUCGAGCUUCGAUGGCCAACUCGGAGAAUGAAGCCAUGUCGGAUUUGGACGAGGAGGAUUCGUCAUUGACGGGUCGGAAUGAGAAGGAGGGGGGUUUGAAGGGGGUAAUGGGAGUGGAGGUGGUGUGA